AUGUCGCUCAAGCAGGAAAUAGAGACUUGGGUCGAAGCGCUUGGGCACUAUGACAAUCAAGAAUUUGAGGAAGCCUUGAGAAUUUUCGAUGCAAUUGCCGAUACCUCCAAGAUUCUGUUCAACUGCGGUGUCAUCCACGCAACCAUCGGCGAGCAUGAAAGAGCAGUGGAGUGUUAUCAACGCGCAAUCAAGCUCGACCAGUACCUCGCAGUGGCAUACUUCCAACAGGGUGUCUCGAACUUUCUGGUUGGGGACUUUGAAGAAGCAUUGGCAAAUUUCAACGACACCCUGCUCUAUUUGAGAGGCAAUACCUACAUCGACUAUGAGCAGCUAGGGUUGAAGUUCAAGCUUUAUUCGUGCGAAGUUCUCUUCAAUCGUGGUCUGUGCUAUAUGUAUCUUCAGCAAGAGCAGGCCGGGCUUCAAGACUUCAGCUUCGCUCAAAAGGAGAAGAUGACUCCCGACCACGAUGUGAUCGACGAUGCUAUCAAGGAUAUGGCACAGGGUUAUGUUGUGUUCAGCAUGCCAAACGAGGCCAAAGUCAAGAAUCUCAAAGCAAAGGACUACCUGGGCAAGGCCCGGUUGAUAGCUACAUCGAACAGCGAGAAUACCGGUACUGGAUUCCAGGGAGUGGAAAGAAAACAAGCGGUGGCUGCUGAGGUUGCGGCCAAAGAUGACCGUCCCCCGGAGAACAUCAGUUAUGCCGCAACAAACCUCGUGCAGCGCAACUUGUCCAGCAGAGUGGUCCGAGACCAGAGCGCCCCUCCUGUCAUGAAUCGAAAUGUCUUCCCGCCAACACCACCACCGGAGAACGAGAAGCCCAGGCUCAGUGGAGGCGGUUCUUCUACGUUGCCUCUUCGGACCACCUCUAUGCGUCAACCCCGCAAUAUGUAUAACAGACCAGACAUGGAGGCACCCAGACCUGGUAUGCUGAGCCGUGCUGCAACAUUUGAUAGCAACCCCAACCAAGGCCCUGGCAUGGGCAGGAUGAUGCCACCCCCACGCGAGAACUCUUGGCCAGAAGAGCCUUCCAUGAUGGAGCGACCACUGAUGGAGCGACCCCAGAUGGAAAGGUCGCGCUAUGGCACCCAAAGGACUGCUUCCGAGCCUCGAGGUCCCUCUGUGCGGCGGCAGAUGCUCGACCGCUCAGCCUCGCAAAGGGCCCCAGCACCACUGUUCCGAGAGACUACAGCAUCAUCCCGCUACGAAGAACCCACCGACGCGGUGGACGAUGUCUAUCGCAUGUAUUCCAGCCCCCGGAGGCGCCAGCGACGGCAGGACCAAGACUUAUACCUGAACGAAGAAGACGAAUAUAUAGACGAAGAAGAAAUGAGUGCUGAAGACAUGAGCGGUUUCGAACCCGUCCGGCGCGCCGUGUCUCGAUCUGGACGCGGCAGCAAAAGGCCCGAGAUGCGCAAGAUUCGUGUCAAAUGUCACUUUAACGACGAUACGAGAUAUCUAAUGAUUGGCGCCGUGAUAGAUUUUGGCGACCUCGAGAGCAAAAUACGUGAAAAGUUUGGGAUCAAGGAUCAGUUGAAGAUCAAGAUGCAAGAUGAUGGCGACAUGAUCACCAUGGGUGAUCAGGAUGACCUGGAGAUGUUGUUGACGAGUGUGCGCAACCAAGCCAAGAAAGAGAGGAGUGAAAUGGGCAAGAUGGAGGUUUGGAUCUCGUGA